AUGGACGCAUACGCUAUCUACACUAGCCUCCGUUCCCAUCUAGGCACCAACAACAAGACACUUAAGGGUGUCCAGUCUAUUAAGACAGGAUUCGCCCUUCUGCUUUUAUCUCCCGAAGCUCUCGCAGCCCUAGAGGCACAGAAAGAGGCUAUCACUACCUUCUUUACCAACUGCCAGAUCGAGCGAAACUCUCGCUGGAUCUCGUAUCGGGUAACAAACGUACCGAGAAAGGUCGGCCGGCUAAAUGCAAGCCAAUACUCUCUGAUUCCCGUCGAUCCGGAGAUACUAUCAGCUGAAAUAGCUGAAAUUACCGGCUUUACUCCAGUUGCAGUAACCGAAACUGUCGCUAGCGCCUCUGAUACAAAUACAAUUUCUUCAAGCUGGUUUGUCAACUUUCCUGAAGAAAGUAAAGCCAAGCUGCCUAUACGACUAUCUCUUUUCGAUCCUGUGCACGUAACCCUCGAUGCCGCCUCUGCGGCUCUACUUAACAUACUGAAAAAGGUCACAUUAAUUAUUGCGCUGCCGCGGCUUCUCAUACCUGCCCCCCAAGAUGCCUACACUGCUAUGGUCCCCACCCAGCAGACUAUAAUUAAUGCCUUCUUCGGCCCAGCAAGCCAGGCGCUCGUUUCACAAAGGCCCAGCAGGCUGAGACCCGCAAGACUUGCUCCGCAGCCCUCUCUAAGGCACGGACUGAGAGCAAAUGCUGCUCCCAACCUCCAGAAGCCCCUGAAACUGGAAUCUAUGAAGCCUCGCAAGAACAGGAUAUGUCUAUCGACAGCUAUCCUACAAUCUCUCCAUUCCGCCCAUAAAUCCCUCCUUAACAAGGACCAGCGGACUCCUUUCCAGUUACAGCCAGAGCAGUACGCUUUAUAA